AUGCGAACAAAUGAACGUAUUAUCAGUGGUCCCUUCUCAUCUGUUGAAGUGAAAAAUCAUCUCACACAAAAUCAUUUAAAUCCAUCGAUAUCAUUACGAGAUUUUCAUCUAUAUGCCAAUACAUCACAAAUUCCUCAAUUGAACAUCACAAAUUUUAUUGAACGACCCUUUGUUUUUCUUUUCAAAUCUCAUUCAAUCAUUCAAGAUUUCUUUUUACUUUUCAUUUUAUUUAUUGCCAUUAUUUUAUUAGUUUUAGUAUUUUAUCGACGAUAUGCUAAAUCAUUAUUAUCGAACGAAAAUUCAAUUUGA